GCCUGCCCGGUGGAGGCACCCAAUGAGCGGCCCGCCGCGGGUUCAGCAAAGAUGGUAGGCGCAGGCGGUGGCGCUGGCCUGGGCGGCCUCUUGGAGAAUGCGAACCCGCUGAUCUACCAACGGUCCGGAGAGCGGCCUGUCACCGCGGGCGAGGAAGACGACCAAGUCCCCGAUAGCAUUGACGACCGAGAGAUCUUUGACCUGAUCCGGUCCAUCAAUGACCCUGAGCACCCACUCACCUUGGAGGAGCUGAAUGUGGUGGAGCAAGUCCGCGUGAAAGUUAAUGACAGGGAGAGUACAGUGGCUGUGGAAUUUACUCCCACAAUCCCUCACUGCAGUAUGGCAACAUUAAUCGGUCUGUCCAUCAAAGUCAAGCUGAUCCGCUCCUUGCCAGAAAGGUUCAAGAUGGAUGUUCACAUUACCCCUGGGACACAUGCCUCAGAACAUGCUGUGAACAAACAGCUUGCUGACAAGGAGCGCGUCGCAGCAGCUUUGGAGAAUUCCCAUUUACUGGAAGUGGUAAACCAGUGUCUCUCAGCCCGUUCCUAGUACACCUAGGAGAGCUAAGUAUCUUCCAAGUAUCCUGCAGCUCUCAGUUUCUUUUCUGGCUUCCCACCUAACCCCCAUUUGUGUUUGAGGAAAACUACGUGGGAGAUGCCAUGCUCACUGUGGCCACUUGGCAAAUGACUGUCUGCACGGGCACAAGGAGAUCCAAGUAGAUGAGUUGUGCCACUGAAGAGGACAUUUGAGAUAUCUUAAUAAAUCUUCAAUUUCCACUUCACUGUCA